GAUAGUAGUAGUGGUAGUAAUAUAGCAUUCGUGGUGUCACCGAGUUUCAGGUAUCCUAAUCGGAAUAUCUCGUAUGGUUAUUCUCUUGCAUAGCGAUAAUACGUUUUUGCAAUGAAUAAUCAAUUGCCAUCGGCAGUUGUACCUCCCGAAUAUGAUGAAGAGUUGAAUCAUUUGUUUUUCGUCAAAGACAUUCCUGUACGAAAUGGCAAUGGUACAAAGAAAUCUGAUUUGCGUAAAAGUUUUUAUAACAUCUAUAAAGCUUUCGUUGAAAAUCGGCAGAAUUUGAUCAAUGAACUGAGGAAUAUCGCAGAUAAGUCGAUAAAUGUCAAAAAAAGUUGUACCAUUUCCACAAUCACUGGAAGUUCAGUCGGUAUUGCUGGUGGUACGGCAGCAAUUGCUGGAACUGUUGUGUAUCCACCGUUACUUGUCGGAGGAUUGAUUGUUGCUGGACUUGCUACGGCUUCAAAUUUGGGGACGCAAUUGACCGAGUUCAUACUUUUUCGAAAUAUGGUCAAAAAAGUGGAGACACUAUCAAAAUACGAUAUCGAAUUAAUGCACGAUAUUGAAGGCAUUUAUCAAGAUGCACUGAAUUCAGACUUGUUUGAAGCAGAUGAACGAUCUGAUGGAACUUUGCAGACCAUGGAUACCGCAACAAAUGACCUCCCAUCACUGGGACUUCAAAUUGGCGCCGGUGGUGCUAAGGGUGCUACCGCUUUAGGUUUACGAAGUGUUGGAAUUCAAGUGACUCAGAUUGGGAGUACACUGAUGCGAGGCAUUGCACGUGGUGCUAUUGGAAUUGGUGUUAUUAUCGACGGUGUGACGAUAUUUCUUUCAGCACGUGACAUAGCGACAGGUUGCUCAACGAAAUUUAGUGAUUGCCUAAAUAAUCUUGCAGAUUUCAAAGAAAAAGAAUUAGGUCAAAUUAUGACUAGGAUUGAUUUAAGCAAUUUACUUAUGGAAGGAUAAAUUAUUUGGGAUAUUAUUGUGGACGUUCAAUUUCAUUAUGGAUAUUUGUGCUUAUGUAUUUGUAUUGGAUUUAUUGCUGCUAUAAUUACUGCUUUCCUGAGUUUUGCUUUUCACAAACCCGAUAAAUCUUAGUUACAAUUAUUUAUCACACCUAUUGUUUAGG